AUGAAGGGAGUGAGAGUGAGAGUUCUUGCUCGUAAUCCAUCAAUGCUCUCUCCUCUCGAUAGUAAAUAUUCCGAUCGAUUAAGCAUUGUGAAGGGAGAUGCUACCAAGGCAGAGGAUGUUGCCCAAUUAAUUUCCAACUCUCAGGUCUCUCAUGUUAUUUGUGCUCUUGGAGUGAGAAUGAAUGAGCCAACCACUGUGGUUGAAAAUGGAGUGAUCAAUGCAAUUAGUGUAAUGAAGAAACUUGAUAGGGAAAUGAGAUUUGUGUUGGUUACUUCGUCAGCUCUUGUAAAAUCGAAUUCUAAUUGGUUUUUUGAUAAUAUUGUAAAGAAACACUUGUUGAAUCAUAUUUACGAUGAUUUGGAAAGAGCUGAGAAGGCUUUGGUUGAAUUGACCAAAGAUUCAAAAAUCAGUUAUGCAAUUGUUCGACCACCUCAACUUGUUGAUGCACCUGCUACUCUCGAUUUGAUCUACAAGGAAGGAGAUGAACAACCAAAAGGAACACAUCUCGUCACGAGAGAAGAUGUUGCCUCUGUUUUAUUAGAAUGUAUCUUUGACAAACAGUUCAAUACUGGCAAUAGAAUAUUUAAUGUUGAUACUACUCGAAAGUUGGAUGUCAAAGUGGAUGUAAUUAAGAUUUUGAGAUCUGUAACACCAUACCCAAAGUAUUUAAUGAUUAGAUCAUUCAUGUUUUCAAUUCAGGCUGCAAUUGGAUUCUUGAUUGGCUUUUCUCUCUUCAAACUCAAAUCAUUGCUAUUCCCUCAACUUGAAGAACACAUUAUAAAGUAUCUCAGUAAACAUAAAUAA